AUUUGGACUUUUUAAUCUCUUACCUACGCCUUCCUCUGAAUGUAUGCCCGCGGUCUCUGCAGCGCCUCGACAACAAACAAGUGAAACAACAACAAGCCAGGCAGUGAGCCAGUGACCUACCUGUCACCACCAAGCACGUGUGCAGUAGUGAGUGUUGAGCAGCACCUCAGACUGCAACAUGUGGCGCCGGCCUGCCCUCCUGGUGCUGUACCUGGCCCUGGUGGUGGCUAUCACCUGGCUGGUGGAAUUGGGCCACUGGUGGGAGACAGGUCACACCACAUUCCAGCUUGUGAACCCGUUGAGGAACUUGUCUGUGCCUCAGAUUCGCCAUCUACUGGAUGCACGGGGCUUGCAGUAUACCGGGGUACUGGAAAAGCGGGAAAUUGUUGGCCUUCUGCAGCAGUCAGGUAACGUCCAGUAUGGGGAGUUGCAAGGCCAUCCACAGAACACAGAAGUGAAGCCUAUGCUGGAGCUGUCCAGAAAGGAGGACUUUUAUGAGCAGAUAUAUGAUGAGAACGAGACAGUCUGGGUGGUGGAGGUGGUGCCGGCUGAGGGUCAGUAUGCCGGCCACCGCAUCCUGGAUGACCGUACCUGGCACACCCUCAUGCCACGCUUGCAGACACUCCAGGUGGAUGGCGCUGUGCUUGCCUGCCAGUACGAUCGCAGGUUCUGUGCUCGCCAGGGAUGGACUCUCCCACAGCUGCUGCUAAUCCUGCCACCUGAGAGGGACACAUCUGAACAAAGCCUCAUGAAAUUAUCUGGUCGUGAACACAUCACUUUUGUAUCUACAGCCCAGCUCUCAGCAAACUCAGUCCUGUCAUGGCUUCAUGGAAGAAUACUGUCUAGAGUGGAGCCCAUCCAGGAUGUGAAGCAGUUGGAGGAGGUGUGGCUGAACACAACUCACAUUCAGGAGAAGAAGAUUCCUCACAUGGUGUACAUCUCAGAGCUCCUGAAUCCCCCACUGCUGAUUGCUGCUUUGGGCCUGCGCUUCUCAACACGCAUCAAACUGGCAUCCUUCACUGUAAAGAAGGAAGAGAAAGAGCAGGUUUCUCGGCUACUAAAGCGAUCAGGAAUCAGUGGUGUGCCCAGCCUGAUUACAGUCACCUCUGAUGGCAUGGCCCCCUAUGGGGCCCAGAGAGGAGAAACACUCACACGGCCAGCACUCAGCCUUUACAUCUGUGCCCUGCAGCCACACUUGAAUGAUGCAUUCCUGGUAUCUCUGGCAGUUGCAAACUUGCUGGCUGCUGCUGACUUCUUUUAUUUUUUGGAUGGACGAGUGCGAGUAUGGCGUCAUGUAGGUGCCAGCUUCACAAGAGCUGCCUUCAACAAUGCUGGGGUAAUGCUGUUGUGGUUGGCCGUCACCGCUUUGCUUCGGCCUGCUUCUGUUAGAGCUGCAUUGCCCUCCACUGCCUGGUUGGCCACUGCUUUUAGUGCUACACGUGUGUCCUCCUUCAUGCGCUACCACUGGCUCAUGGUUCAGAGCCACCCUGCCAUCUUCUGGGUGUCAGCAGCAAUGUUUGGUUUCAUCAUCUUAGCUUGGAGGAACCUUCUAGGGAGGCGGAACACAGAGCAUGAAGAGCCUGACGGUGGUUGGUGGAGCUCCUUCCCUGUGGAUAAUUACUUAGUGGAUGUUCUCUUCCGUCCAAUGACCUCACUGUCACGGCCACGUCCUUCACAAGACCUAGGGCUGGAGGAAGGCAUGGAACGCUUAAUUGAGCGACUAGCCACACCUGAUUUGUGGCUUCAUCCAGUCAUUCCCACAGACUACAUGAAAGAGCUGCCCAUGUGGAGGUACGAUGGGUGGGGAAAUGAAGAUGAUCUCAAAUCAGAAAGUGAGACAGAUGUGGAUAGUGUGAGUGAAAAUGAAAGUGAUACCCUGCUGGACUCACACACUUGUUGCCAUGAUGAAGAGUGCCGCCUGUGCUCACUGUGGGCUUCUGUGAAGGAGGUUCACGUGUGCCACCGUUGUGCCAUUCUCAAGCGAAAACUUGAGCGUCGACACUUGCGGCGGCGUGCCAUGGAGCAAACAGACCACAGUGCUGCCACACAUGAAAAGCUUCAGAGGGUAUAUGAGAACUGUUGCAAGACGCGGCAGAAGCAGCCAACACCAGUGAAUGGUGCAAGGCAGGGGAGAAGCAAAGGCCCAAGUUGGCUCCUCUCACCCCAACGUUUAACAGAGCUCAAAUGGAGUGCACCUCCACAUGCCAUUGAGAGUCGCAUCUGUGCCAUCUGCCUAGGACGGUAUGGAUGGGCAGCAGUGUUGUGUGGGUUGCCGUGUGGACACAAUUAUCACCAUGCAUGUAUUACUGAAUGGUUACUCAAGGACAACCACCAUUGCCCGACAUGCCGCUGGCCCUCAUACAAAGCUAAAUAUAUGUCUGUGUCUGCACGGGAACACCAGGAAUAGUGGAUGCUCUUUCCUCCUGUAAGAUUCCACCCUGAUGUAUGUGGUGUUAGUAAUACAGCCUCCGGCAGCUGAUUCUAAGUAUUGGUCUUGCAGCAAAAUAUUGUGGGUGAUUAUGCAAUGUAAUAUUUACUUGUACUUAUUUUUAAGCUGUGAUGAAAAAAAAAAGGUGAUCAAUGUGGGUUAUAAAAGCUUUAUAACUGCCAAAAAUGCUUGUUCACAACUUGGUUUAGAAAAUGUGUGUACUAACUCUAACAUUUGAUAAGUGAAUAAAUAACAAAGGUCUCCAUGUUAACAAAUAAAAUAACAAAAUUUGUAGAAGACAAUGAUUUGAAGAAAAGUUUUAAAUUAGUGCUGAUUAGCAAUAGUUAAAACCAUUAACAAGUUAAUUUAUCUAACUGGCAAUGAGCUGAUAUUCAGGUGACACUCAUAAUGACUAAUGUGUGUUGUUAGGAUUAAGAGCUGAUGUGUUUGUUUUAAUUGUGGAGGAGAGGCACCAUGAGUGUUGCCAGGGAUUGCCACUUUAGUCCUUUGGCAGUCAGAGCAGAGGUCAUGAUGUACAAAAUGCUCACACUUGACUCACACUACCAUCAGCUUUAAUUUCACAGCAACAUUAAGUACUGUUUACUCUUGAAUUUCUUAGUAACGUGUAACAAUGAAUUUAUUAGGAUUAGAAAGUAAAUAGAUGUCUGCAGCCAGUGAAUCACAAGUUUAAGAAGGGUACACACAUUAUUCAAUUCAAGCAUGCAUCUUUUUUUAAUUGGCCAAAGAUAAUAAUAGUGUGUAAUCAGACACCUGUAUAUGUCUGGUGUACAAAUAACAAAUGCCAGAAGGUCUGUUUUCCUAGUCCGUGAGUGGCAGCAAGCCAAGUGAAGUAUUAUGAAUAGUGUUAACUUUUAUGUGAUCUGUAACAUUGAUAUUUUGAAUGUGGAAUAAAAUAAAGUAACAUAUGUUGGCACUUGUUCUUGUGAAACUAUGUGAUAUUGACCCUG